AAAGAAAUAUUUCUUUACUGAUACAUGCCUUGUUCUUUUUAAACGAAUAAAUAGGUAUAUUUCGUCAGUAGAAAGAGGUUUACAAUUCUGAUACAUGAAUAUAUACGUGCGUUUUGCUAAAAGCAUUUACUGAAAAUCCUAGCAGUUAUUACUGUACAGUUAACUUCCUUUGAUAUUUAGAAAUCGAUUGUUCGCACUGGCAUCGUGAACCGACUAAUAAUAUGUGAAAACACCGGAUAACUUUUAUUAGAUAUUGGUUACGCUGUAUUGGUACUUGAUGGAAAUAGGAAAUUGUGGACCCUUGGAUUCCCAAAUAGUGAUUGAGUAGUCACAUGUUGUAUAUUAAACUUGGUUUGAUACUGACUACAGUUUUGGGUGCAAAGUCCUGACAAAACAGGUGUUUAUUGGUUCCUGGUUUUUGCUUGUCAUAUAAUUAAUGUCACCUGGUGAAGCCUAUUAAAACCACUCAACUAAACAUUAUAUGGUUGAUGAAAGUCGACUGAUACUCACAAUUAUAGUAUUACCUACCAUUCAUUGAUCUAUUCGAGUAUAUCACCUUCUGAUGAAAGGUUAGUUACGGCUCAGAUAACGUAUUGAUAGUAUGUUUGACUUUGCCAGUGUUAUGACGAAUAGUAGCAUGAUGUUGCUUGAAGUGGCAAGUAUUUUUACUACAUGACUGGCAACAUCCUUGAAACUUAGUGAUAAAGCUUUCUUUUUAGUUGAUUCAGUCAUUCUGCAUCACAAAUAUGCUGCAUCAGUACGGUCAGUCAUAUAUAGAUGGAUGAUCACAUUGCAAAUUCAAUCACGAGUGAGAACUGAAGAAUAUAUUAUUCAUUAUUCAAUGACUGACCAAUGUAUUACGAUUAUUGAAUAUUAUAGCUGCAGGUGACACCAGCGAAGGGUUCCAGACAAGACAGGCAAGUCGAUUGAUGUGGUUAUGAACCUUCAUCGAGUGAAGUGACUUAGGGAUAUGUUGCACAUACCGAGCCAUUGCUUACCUUGACAUACCAUGUCAGGGGAGGCUGGAUUAGGUGCGGAGAGAGUUCAGCGUGGUCAGACCAAGACGAAGCACCAGUCGAUGAAGUCCCUGACGAUUGGUAUGAGCUGUGUUAGGAGAUGUAGACUAACUGGGUACAGUCUCUGAGACGUUAGGAAUCAUUGGUUGAGGAAUCUUGGUGACGUGACUGAAAAUGAGUCACAGUGGCUCAGGUGGAUUUACUCUUCGACACCUAAAGCUUGAACAUUAGCACUAACCUUUAUCUUCCAAUCAUUUGUUUUCUCACAAUACUUUGUCUACUUUGAUAUUAGUCUUUUUCUGUUCACGUUUUCUUUGUAUGCUGCUGUGAAUUGUGGCAACUUGAACCGGUUCACUUAUUUGAAAUGUUCUAUGUUGAUUUUGUCCAUUUGUCUAAGUGACAGACAAGGAAAUACUGUAUCAUUUUUUUAUUUCAUGAGUGCUUUUCAUUUCUACAUCUUCGCAGUCAUUUGCAUAGUUUAUCUCAGUAUUUACGUUUUUCAGUGUAAUCAGCGCUUCAGUACUGUAAGCGUUUAGCUUAGGUUCACAUUCUAAAUAUCAUGUCAUUCAAGAAGUCUCUUCUUUUCAAAUUACCUCGGAGUCACUUUUCAUGAGAAGUCAAUACUAGAGAACUGUUGUUGACAGAGCAAUACAGGAAGGUUUUUUCGCGGUGGCUUGGGAUUCCUCAUCAGUGUGAUUCGACAAACUCAGUCAGGAUCAAACCUAACCUAAUCAGAUCACAUGGAUGAUCAGUUUAGCAAUGCCUCAAUCAUCAUCAUCAUCAGUGGGUUCCACAGAUCAAAUGAAUUUCAUGACUAUAAAUAAUACAGGUGCUCCAUAUUCAAGUUAUCAUUACAUGACAAAUGCUCACUCUGAUUUUAGUAAUUUAUUUAAUCAUUCAAAUAUGUCAUAUCCUUCUUCGAUGAUACCGCCGUCUGCUUCAAAUCCAGCCUCGCCUAUUUUUCCACCUCCUCCGUUGACUACGAAUUCCGGGAGUAUUUUUAUGACUUCUGGAUACUCUGUAAAUCAUCCCGCUGCGUCUGUUGUCUAUCCAGCCGCAGCGGCUGCAGCUGCAGUGGCUGCUGCUUCUUUUCAAUCUCUUUCAUCAUCAGUUUGUGAUCAGUUUUAUUCAGCAAUAUCUUCAAGUAAUGCAACUUCGAAUGACAAUACAAGUAUUCAUCAACAUCCUACCAAUGAUUACAGUUCUCACUGUACACGAAAUGUCUUGCGGUAUAAUUUAGAUUCAAAUCAAGAUGAACCCAUUUCUUCAUUGUAUAUGCAUUCAAAUUUGCCUGUGACUGGGUAUCCUGAUAUCACACGGUCAUAUCCGCCUACAGCUUCUACUCAUGCAAUCGAUCAGUGUCAAGCUUCUUUAUUUCCUACUGCAUCCUAUAGUGUUGAAAAUAAACUUGAAAAAGAGUCUAUUUCUGACAAAAUAUUAGAUCAACAUUUACCUAAAAUAAUGCCCAAAAAAGAACAAAUACUUCAACAACACGAUCGGAAUACAGAUCAAGAACAUAUUAAUUUUUUUAGUACAAGAAUUCUGCCUUCAGAGAAUCCAGUCAAUCGUGUAUCCCUGGAUAGUCAAUUUGCUCAACGAUCGUUAUCAUCAUCAUCAUCAUUACUGUCAGAGAAUUAUAUCAAUCCUUCCUUGCAUCCAAUAGACAGGCAUACUAAUGAACAUAACAGUAAUAAGCAGUUCACAAAUGAAUUUACCCAAUUCAGUAAAACAUUCCAAUUGGUUACGUGUGCUGUGAGUAACAGUAAUGAUAAUACACUUACAAUGACAUCUUCACAAGCAUUUCAACAUGAUGAAAAAAGAUUAUCCAAUCUUUCGAAUCAUUUACUACUGAACAAUAAUAAUUGUCAAUCUGUCCCCAAUAAUACUACUAACGAUGAUGUUAUUAGUAGUAGUAAUGAUGGCAAUCAUAACAAAUUAUACUGUGAAUCAUUGAGAUCUUUGAAUAUACCGAUAUUCGAUGGAAACUAUGCACAACUUAAUUCAAUGAAUACAGAUCGAGAAGAAACUACCGACCAGAUACACUCAGCGAUUCUACAGUCUACAUCUACCCUGUCUAAAACCCAGGAUAUUCUGACCGAUUUCCCAACCAGUUCAUCAUCAACAUUACUAUCGAAUCGGUUAAAAGAGAACGAUGGUUCAAAUAUUACUAAAAUGAGUAGCAGUGGGAGUAGUAGUAAUAACGGUGGCGGUGCUGUUGUUACAUCUGGAAGUACAGCUUGUUGUGAAUCAUUAAGUAUAUUGACACGUGAUAUGAUGAGAGCUUACUUGAUUGAUCGACGGGAUCAAGUUUUAAUUAUACUUCACGCAAAAGUAGCUCAAAAAUCGUAUGGAACAGAAAAACGUUUCUUUUGUCCUCCACCUUGUAUAUACCUUCGUGGAGACGGAUGGGGAUUGCCUUCUGGACAGACAUCGUGUAGUGAGACAAAACCUGGUUCCAACCAUGAACGUACAAAUCAAGAAGAUCUAAUGACCUAUUCAGCAAAUAAUAUUAGAACAUAUUCUCUUGAAAAUAAUAGUUCAUCAAGCCCAACAAUUACACCUACUCCAGGACCAUCAACAUCAUCAUCAUCAACUUACACACGAGACCAUUCUCAGAUACUUGCCUUCAUGGGUAUUGGUGGGUCAACAACCCCAAUGGAAAUGAUUCAGUUGAAUUUAGACGAUGGAAGAGAUUAUUCAAAUGCCAAGACAUUAUUCAUUUCUGAUUCUGAUAAACGAAAAUACUUCAUGUUAACAUUGAAAAUGUUUUAUAAAAAUGGAAAAGAUUUAGGCCAGUUUCAUUCAAGACGUAUUAAAGUUAUUUCAAAACCGAGUAAAAAGAAACAAUCAUUGAAGAAUACUGAUUUAUGUAUUGCAUCUGGUACAAAGAUUGCCUUAUUCAAUAGACUACGCUCACAGACUGUUAGUACAAGGUAUUUACAUGUGGAGGAUGCAAGUUUUCAUGCAAGUUCCAGUCGUUGGGGUGCGUUCACUAUCAAUUUGCUGGCAGAUGAUCAAGAUGAAGCUGAACAAUUCACUGUACAAGAAGGUUAUAUACAUUAUGGUCAUACUGUUAAAUUAGUCUGUUCUGAAACUGGUAUGGCACUUCCACGCUUGAUUGUACGUAAAGUGGACAAAACAACUGUUCUCCUUGAUGCUGAUGAUCCAGUUAGUCAACUUCACAAGUGUGCAUUUCACCUGAAGGAUACAGAUAGAAUGUAUUUAUGUCUUUCACAAGAUAAAAUUGUCCAACUACCGUCUACACCAUGUGAUGAUAAUCCACAUAGAGAGAAAAUCAAUGAUGCUGCAGCAUGGACAAUUAUUAGUACAGAUAAAGCAGAAUAUCGUUGGUUUGAGCCUAGUCAUUUACCAAGUACUUAUAGGACAACAGAUGGACAAGUUAAAUCAAUUAAACCGCCAAUUUCAUGUAUUGUCCCAAUUACACCAGUACCAGUUGUACGUGAUAUGCGAGUCAAUGGUGGAGGUGAUGUUGCAAUGGUUGAAUUAAUCGGAGAGAAUUUUAGUCCUAGACAUCAGGUGUGGUUUGGUGAUGUACCAGCACAAACAUUUUAUCGAUGUGAAGAAUUAUUACUGUGCUUUGUACCUGACAUAUCAGAAUUUUAUCGAGACUGGACGUAUAUACAAAAAACGUUGGAGGUGCCUAUUAGUUUAGUUCGACAAGAUGGUAUUAUUUAUUCCAGUGGAUUAACAUUCACAUAUCAUCCAGAGUCUGGACCAAGACAACAUUGUCAACCAGCUCUUGAAAUUAUUCGUGCCGCAAGUAUUGCAGCAGCGGCUGCAGCUGCUGCAGCUGCUUCAUCGAAUUCUUUAUUAUGUACAUCUACAAAAUUACUAACAGAACCGUCUUGUUCAUCUAGAUCAGGUUUAUUCACAUCGAUUGAGUGUAUCAGCAGUCAACUGCAACCUAUUAAUGAAGAAUACAAUUUUUCUCAAUUACAUAAGGAUUCAAUGUGCCUUGAUAGUUCGUUUCUCAGUUCAGUAUCAUCGACACCGUCAGCAUCAACUUCACGAGUGGUAAAUCGGUUAAUUAACACUAAUAGUCGUACUGGUGGUUAUUAUGAAGAUGUAAAUUUCAACCAACAACAACAUCAUCUUCAUCAUCAUCAUCACCACCAACAUCACUUGCUACAACAACAACAACAACAACAACAACAACAACAAGAUUCACAGCACUUAAUAGUUGUUGACCCUCAAGAACAUCAUAUCUUAAGAAACAGUAAUCUGAAUUCAAAUUCUUUAACUACAUCCUUAGGGAAUACUACAACAGAUUGUCCUUUUUAUAUUCCAGUGAAUACAAGUUGAUUCAUGAGCGGUACAAAUAUCCAACUCAUUUUUCGUGCGAUUCUCGAUUGAGAUAGCCUUUAUUCAGUCAGAUAUGUAAAAGUAUACAGAUAUACUUAUAACAAGUCUUUCCUUAUCCCUUCUUGUUUUACUGAUAAUUAGAUGAAUAUAAAUGCAUAAACAACAUCUGCAGCCUAACGUUAUCUACACUUCACUCUCUGGAAUUAUCAGAUUGAUCGAUGAAAAAAGCAAGAGAGAAGCGAAGCAAAGCAUAGUAGUGUUACAGUUUCACCUUUUUCUCAAUGUGCUUCUAUGCUCUGCUCAUCCAUGACUUUGACUACUUACUACCGCCCCUUGUUUCCCCUCUCCCCUUACUGUUUUUUUACAUCAAAAAAGCUUGUUCUAUUACAUAAAUAUAUAUGAAAGAAGAGAAUUAUUCCCUGUUACUGUCUUGAUUCUGUUGAUUUGGCUUUCCUCCCUCUUGUAAGUAACUAUCCAACUUUUUAUUUCACAAAAUAAAUAAAGCUUAUGUACAGUUUUCGAAUUAAAGCUGUUUUAAUUUCGUU